AUGAAAUUCUUGUUCGUAGUCGCUUUAACCGUCGCAGCGGUGUGCGCUGAAGAAGCAAAGAAGACCGAAAAACGUGGUCUUUCCAGUGGACUUGGGUAUGGAGGACUAGGUUACAGUGGACUUGGCUAUAGCGGUCUUAGCGGAUAUGGUGGAUACGGAGGAUACGGGGGAUACGCCCCAGCAAUUAGCAAGGUUGCAUACACCACUAGCCAUGGAGGUUACGGCGGAUAUGGUGGACUCGGCGGACUUGGCGGAUACGGAUACAGCGGCCUCGGCGGCUACUCCGGCCUUGGUGGCUAUGGAGGAUAUGGUGGACAUGGAGGAUACUACAGCUCUCCCGUAAUCAGCGGAUACAGUGGUUACUCCGGCCAUGGUGGCUAUGGCGGAUAUGGUGGAUACGGACACGGCGGAUACGGACACGGCGGAUACGGCGGUCUAGGAUACUAC